AGAGUGUACACCUUCCUAACUGCUUAACCGUCAGAGUUGGACGACAGUAAGUCAGUGAUCCAUCUGCUGUGAGAGUGGCUGGACGCACAAAAAACAAGCUCACGUUGACACGUGAAAUCUGUUGACUAGGACGCUCGUGAAUUUCUUUCAGAGAUGUACCAACCGAUCUUGGUGGCACUUGCAGUGCUGCUCUGCUCUUCACCCUUGGUAAAUGGAGGGAAAGUCUUGGUGUUCCCAGUGGAUGGAAGCCACUGGGUCAACAUGAAAGUCCUCAUCGAGGAGCUUCACUCCAGAGGCCAUGAAAUCACAGUGAUGCGGCCAUCAGACAGCUGGUACAUCAAACCAGAGUCCCCUCACUACAAGUCCAUCACUAUAAAUUCCUCUGCUGGUUUUGAUGAAGAACUCUUUGGGUCAUUUGUAAUUACGAUGAUUAACAUGCGGCGGGAAGGUGCUUCACUUAUGGCCCGUAUAUCUAUGGAAUAUGGACUGUUGCAGCAGUUCUAUCAGAUGAAUAAACAGGUGAUUCAGAUGAUGCGGGAGAUGUUUGAGAAUACAAAACUAAUGCAGAGCCUGCAUGAUGCCAAAUAUGAUUUGGUUCUGACGGACCCGGCGAUUGGUGGUGGAGUGCUUUUGGCUCACCGUUUGGGUCUUCCAAUUGUCUUAAAUGUGAGGUGGACUAUUCAGGGUGAGGCGCAUCAUGCAAUUGCUCCUUCCCCACUCUCCUAUAUCCCAAUACCAAUGUCAGAGCUGACUGACAAGAUGACGUUUCCCCAGCGAGUCAAAAACUUAUUUUACUUUGCCUUCACGUGUUUUCAAACUUGGUAUGUCACAGAAUCAAACUACAAACCAUUUGUACAUCAUUACUUUGGAAAUGAUGUACAUUACAUGGAGCUGUUUCAGGCGGCAGACAUCUGGCUGAUGAGGAAUGAUUUUACUUUUGAGUUUCCACGUCCCACAAUGCCAAACAUCAUCUACAUGUCAGGAUUUCAGUGCAAACCCUCCAAGCCACUGUCUAAAGAACUAGAGGACUUUGUCCAGAGCUCUGGUGAACAUGGGGUCAUCAUUAUGACAUUGGGAACCCUGGUAGCAAAACUUCCGGAGGACAUCACAGAGGACAUUGCGGCUGCUUUCGCCCAACUUCCUCAAAAGGUGAUCUGGAGGCACAAAGGCAAAAGACCAUCCACCCUCGGCAACAACACCUUACUCUUGGACUGGCUGCCUCAAAAUGACCUCCUGGGCCACCCCAAGACCAGAUUGUUUGUGGCCCACGGAGGCACCAAUGGAAUACAGGAGGCCAUCUACCACGGUGUCCCCCUGGUCGGCCUUCCCCUCAUGUUCGACCAGCCUGACAACUUCUUCAGGAUGAAAGCAAGAGGUGUGGCCAAAAACCUGGACAUUGCAACUGUGAACAAAGAUAACUUCCUGGAGGCACUGAAGGAGGUACUCUAUGACCCAAGCUACAGAGAGAAGAUGAAAGCGCUGUCCAACCUGCAGAGAGACCAGCCCAUGAAACCACUGGACCGGGCCAUGUUCUGGAUUGAGUUUGUCAUGAGGCACAAAGGAGCAGCACAUCUAAGGACGGAGUCUUACAAGAUGUCAACGAUCCAGUACCACUCAAUUGACGUGGUGGUGUUUCUCCUGGCAGUUAUUUUGCUAGUAUUUACUGUUUUUGUUUCUGCAGUAAAGUUUUUUUUGCGAAAAGUGUUUUCUAGAAGCAAAGUCAAAAAGGAAUGAGGAAUGUGCCACGGGAUAAUUGUUUAACAUUUUCUGGAUCCUGAUUUAUUUUAAAGAAAACUUCAACAUACAUAAAUUGAGCCGGAUACAAACACUCUUACAUCUGUAUCCUAACAUGCCUGAGUGUGUGUAGCUGAAUGCCCUCACAAAUCUAAUAUUGUCUAAUGACGUCCGCCAAAGACGUCAUGUUUUUGUUUUGUUUGUUUGGGUUUUUAACUUAGCAGAAUAUCUGAAAAAUCUGUAAAUAUUUUACAAUACAAUUUGGUGAUAAAUUAGACCUGGAGUCAAGCGAUCAGUUUAAAGUCCAAAUCCAGCAAUGUUUAAGGAUUUCCUGCAGGUUUUAUGAAGAAAAAAAAGUAUUCUCAUAAACUAUUGCACUUACUUAAUUGAAACGCAAUAGGCUUAAUUUUUAUAAAAACUGGCACAUGUAUCUUGUGAUAGUUCAUCACUAGGGCUGGGGGAUGAUUCAAUAUUGUAUAUGAUUUUUGGUGAUGAUAUGAUGUCAUGUUUUCUUUUCAUUAAUUUCUGUUGUCCACAUAAUGAUUUUGAGCAAGCUGUAAGUGAAAACUAACAAUAUGUGUAAAGGGAAAACUAUAAUAAACAAUUUUAAGAGUU